AUGCUAUCUACAAAGGUUCUCGCCGGGACGGGCAUGGGCAGAGCUGUGUCGAACGGCUGCAUCUUACCAAGGGUGCGGGCAUUCGCGACUGUCACAGACGACCCGUUAGAUAAGAAGGUCGAGAUGACCAAUUGGGAGAAGGGGCACUUUAUCAAUUACAAGAAGAUGUCUGAGAACCUUCAAGUCGUCCGCUCUAGACUCAACCGCCCCUUGACAUAUGCAGAGAAAAUUCUGUACUCUCAUCUCGAUGAUCCCCACGGAUCAGAAAUUGAGCGUGGGAAGUCGUAUCUAAAGCUUCGACCCGACAGAGUUGCUUGCCAGGAUGCCACCGCACAAAUGGCCAUACUCCAAUUUAUGUCGGCAAACAUGCCCUCCGUCGCCACGCCUACUACGGUACAUUGUGACCAUCUUAUAGAGGCGCAGAUAGGCGGUGACAAAGACUUGGCGAGAGCUCAGGAUAUCAACAAGGAGGUCUACGAUUUUCUUUCCACAGCGUGUGCAAAAUACAACAUCGGUUUCUGGAGGCCCGGAUCAGGAAUUAUCCAUCAGAUUGUGCUGGAGAAUUACGCAUUUCCUGGUGGCCUGAUGAUUGGCACUGAUUCCCAUACCCCGAAUGCCGGAGGUCUUGGAAUGGCGGCCAUCGGAGUUGGCGGUGCCGAUGCCGUUGAUGUUAUGGCUAACCUGCCUUGGGAGGUAAAGGCUCCUCGUGUGCUUGGUAUCAAGUUGACAGGAGAGAUGUCUGGCUGGACCUCACCGAAGGAUAUCAUUCUGAAGGUAGCAGGUAUACUAACUGUGAAGGGAGGCACUGGCGCGAUCAUCGAGUAUCAUGGGCCUGGUGUUGAUACACUGUCUGCCACUGGGAUGGGGACCGUGUGCAACAUGGGAGCUGAAAUUGGCGCCACGACGUCUCUCUUCCCCUUCAACGACCGCAUGUACGAUUAUUUGGCUGCGACUAAGCGAAAAGCAAUCGGAGACUUUUCGCGAGCCUACGCUUCCGAGCUCAGAGAGGAUAAGGGUGCAGAGUAUGACGAACUGGUUGAAAUAAAUUUGUCCGAACUAGAGCCGCACAUUAACGGGCCAUUUACCCCAGAUCUUGCUACUCCGAUUUCCAAAUUCAAGGAGGCAGUGAAAGAGAACAACUGGCCGGAAGAAUUGAAAGUAGGCUUGAUUGGAUCUUGCACUAACUCCUCGUAUGAAGACAUGUCUCGUGCCGCCUCGAUUGCACGAGAUGCUUUGAACCACGGGGUAAAGGCCAAAUCAAUGUUUACUGUCACUCCUGGAUCCGAGCAAAUCCGUGCUACCAUAGAACGAGACGGCCAGCUUAAGACCCUCGAAGAGGUUGGUGGUCUAGUCCUCGCUAAUGCUUGUGGUCCAUGUAUUGGUCAAUGGGAUCGACGAGAUGUAAAGAAGGGCGAGCCCAAUUCCAUCCUUUCCUCAUAUAACCGGAAUUUCACUGGACGGAAUGAUGCAAACCCUGCCACUCACUCCUUCGUAACCUCACCAGAUCUAGUCCUCGCUAUGAUCAUGGCCGGAACUCUCAACUUUAAUCCUCUUACAGAUACAUUGAAAGACAAGGAUGGCAAUGACUUUAAACUUUCUGCCCCCACUGGAGAUGGACUUCCCUCAAACGGAUACGAUCCAGGUAGGGAUACAUAUCAAGCACCGCCAGAAGACCGCAAUAACGUCAAUGUUGCGGUUGCUCCAGCUAGUGAUAGACUCCAAGUUCUUGCAAGCUUCCAGCCCUGGGACGGUAAGGACGCCACGGAUCUCCCUAUUCUCAUCAAGACCAAAGGCAAGACGACAACGGACCACAUUUCAAUGGCCGGUCCUUGGCUGAAGUACCGUGGUCAUCUUGACAAUAUCUCGAACAACAUGCUUAUUGGUGCAAUAAAUGCCGCGAACGGGGAAGCAAACAAAGUCAAGAAUCAAGCGACUGGAGAAGUGGGUGCGGUCCCAGCGACUGCACGAGAUUACAAGAAACGAGGCCUUCAUUGGGUCGUGAUUGGUGAUUGGAAUUAUGGCGAGGGUUCUUCGCGCGAACAUGCUGCCCUGGAGCCAAGACAUCUUGGUGGACUUGCCAUCAUUACGAGGAGUUUUGCACGUAUCCACGAAACCAACCUUAAGAAACAAGGAAUGCUGCCCCUGACCUUCGCUGACCCGGCCGACUAUGACAAAAUCAAUCCUGACGACAGAGUCGACGUGAUGUGCACGGAGCUCGCAGAAGGCCAGCCUUUGACAUUGAAAGUUCACCCGAAGGACGGCAAGGCCUGGGAAGCUCAGCUCAGCCAUACGUUCAAUGGAAGCCAGAUCGAGUGGUUCAAGAACGGCAGCGCGCUGAAUGCAAUGGCCAAGCACGCGGAUGCCCAUGUAGAGAGCGGCGAGCAGUAUGCGUAG